AUGCUUGCACUUCAAACUUCAAUCAUCGUAAUCUUGUCAGGACUGAUCUCUACGAUAACGUGCGCACAACAAUUUUUAGUCUUGUGCACUGCUGGACUCGAGCCGUUCAAGCCUGCCAGUGAUCAUAAUUUAUGCAAAGCGUUCAGCUGGGGUGAUCGCGGAGAGUACUCGCGUUGGUCAUGCCCCAAGGUCUACCUAAAGCGAGCAUCAGGCAGUGGCUGUUGGACCAUCCCAGACCAUCCCAGAGAACAGCCAGUUUCAGUGGGCAAGGUGACGUGUCGUGAUACUUAUACGUUCUGGACGGACAAAGACAAGACGAUCAAUGGUAUCGCUUGUCGUGAUACUCAGUAUCGCCGAGUGAAGUGUAAUAACAUGGAUCAAGCCGCUUCGAUAGAUAAAUGCGACCCGCUUUAA